GUAAACCCUUCAUCCAAUAUUCGUCAGUCUAACUCAAAUUACAGAGACAAAGAUUCACCUGAACAUCACUGUCUCUUGUUUCUCCGUUCCUUAACAAAUCCAAAAAUGGUGAGAAACCCAUUAUCCAAAACCGCAAACAAAUACCUCAGAAAAUUCAGAAAAUGGCCACACUCACCUUACAAAACAUCAUGGCAUCACAAUUUUGGUGAACAACAAGCCAUACAAAUUCUCAUAAACGCAAAAACACAAACACAAAACAACAACGACCCUUUUCUUCUUUCAACUCUCAUUCACUCUUUCAAAGCUUAUCACACUGACCCAUCUCCAAAAGCUUACUUUUUUCUCAUCAAAACCAUAACCAACAUCAACACUUCACAUUUACAUGAAAUUCCUCAUAUUUUAAACCAUCUUGAACACAAUGAGAAAUUUGAAACACCUGAGUUUAUUUUUAUGUAUUUGAUUAGAUUCUAUGGUUUUAAUGAUAGGGUUCAAGAUGCUGUUGAUUUGUUUUUUAGAAUUCCGAGGUUUAGAUGCACACCAACUGUUUGUAGUUUGAAUUUGUUGCUUUCCUUGCUUUGUGGGAAGAGAGAGUGUUUGAGGAUGGUUCCGGAUAUUUUGUUGAAGAGUCGGGAUAUGAAGAUUCGUCUUGAGGAAUCGAGUUUUUGGGUUUUGAUUAAGGCGUUGUGUAGGAUUAAGAGAGUUGAUUAUGCUAUUAAGAUGAUGAAUUGUAUGGUAGAAGAUGGUUAUUGUUUGGAUGAUAAGAUAUGUUCUUUGAUAAUAUCGUCGUUGUGUGAGCAAAAUGAUUUGACUAGCGUCGAGGCUUUGGUUGUUUGGGGAAAUAUGAGGAAACUAGGAUUUUGUCCGGGUGUAAUGGAUUGUACCAAUAUGAUUAGGUUUUUGGUGAAGGAAGGGAAGGGUAUGGAUGCUUUGGAAAUUCUGAAUCAGCUUAAGGAAGAUGGAAUUAAGCCUGAUAUUGUUUGUUAUACUAUUGUUUUGAGUGGAAUUGUUAAAGAAGGUGAUUAUGUGAAGUUAGAUGAAUUGUUUGAUGAAAUACUUGUAUUAGGACUCGUUCCUGAUGUUUAUACUUACAAUGUGUAUAUAAAUGGUUUGUGUAAGCAGAAUAAUUUUGAUGAGGCACUUAAGAUUGUUGUUUCAAUGGAAAAAUUAGGAUGCAAGCCAAAUGUGGUUACUUACAAUACGUUAUUAGGAGCAUUGUGUAUGAGUGGGGAUUUAGGUAAGGCAAAGAGGGUAAUGAAGGAGAUGAGGUUGAAGGGUGUUGAGCUAAACUUGCAUACAUAUAGGAUCAUGCUUGAUGGUUUGGUUGGUAAAGGUGAAAUUGGUGAAGCGUGUGUUUUGUUGGAGGAAAUGUUGGAGAAGUGUUUUUAUCCUAGAUCUUCAACAUUUGAUAGUAUCGUACAUCAAAUGUGCCAAAAGGGUUUGAUUAGUGAUGCACUUGUGUUGAUGAAUAAAAUUGUGGCAAAAAGUUUUGAUCCAGGAGCCAAGGUUUGGGAAGCACUGCUUCUUAACUCAGAAUCUAAGGUUACCUAUUCAGAAACCACAUUUGCUGGAUUGUUGAGCCCAUAAUAAUCUGUUAUCAACUGGGCCAGGCCCAUCUGAGCUUGACCUGUGCGCCACAUAUGCAAAUGCGAUAUGCGCGGAGCAUAAUCUUAGUGAUAAAAUGAGAGACCUGAUUUUGAAGUGUAUUGGCUCUCAUUCUUUAGAGUGUUUGGAUGAGGGAAUGUGAUUUUUUGAAGUAAUUGAAAUGACUUGCAUCUAAAUACCUUGUUUGGAUAAAAUAUUCUCUCUCUGUCUCUUGAGCUUUCUUGAGCUUCUCUCUCCAGUAACACACUCUCCUUCGUCAUUCAUGUGUUUUGUAGUUGCUUCUGCUAAUGGCCUUGCAGUUUCUCUGUCUUAUGCUUUCUUCUUGGUUUUCCGUUCAUACACUCAUGAUUUAACGAGUAAGUUGCUGCCUAAGCCUAGGCCUACUCCUCAGGGACAGGGUCCCCUGCUACUUGAAGCAGAGAAAGACAAGACAAUGGAGUGGUUGUUGUUUUACAGGAAUGUGGAGAUGAGAUGAAAGAGGGUGGUGAUAUAGCGGCAGGAGAGAUGAAAAAAGAAACAAAAGGGCUAUUAGAAAGAAAAAAAAUCAGAGAUGAGGGUAGGACUGAUAUGAGAGGAGAAGAUGCAAAAGGGAUUCCUAGUGGAACAGUGAGAGUGAUCAUGAAUCAUGAUAUUGGUCCAGUUGUUGAAAAUAUGCAAGUAGCACUGGAAGACAAACUGGGUUUGGGGAUUGAUGGAGAAAUGAGGAAUCAAACAGAUUCAAGAGUAUGCUAGGAGACGGUUCAUACUCCCGUCCGAUGAAGUUAAGUGUAAGAUCAUGUUUAUGGUGUUUGGCUAAGUGCUACUGAUCAUGACUUUGUCCCUUGGAUAUGCUUAUCUGAAUAUUAUCAUAUGAUUUAGGUCACAUUUUUGUCACUGUCAGGCUAUUUACUCUAGCUUCACGGUGCUUCUCUCUCCUCGCGGCGCUUCUCUUGUUCUCUUGGCUUUGAUUACUUGCUUCAACUUUGUGCUACCUACUCAAAUAAGCCACAGGAGACGUUCUCUGCGUCAUGAACUAUGCCUCGAGUAUGUAUGGUUGCCCUUGAUAAUUUGUGUGUUUGACCCUAAUGCUAAUUGCAGUAACAUCGUAGUUGUUGUUUGGGUGUUUUCUCUUGCACAUAUAUAUCAUUUAAGAAUCUGUUGUUAUAGAGUAGACUGCAUGGUUUUUCCUAUUAUAUUACAUUGUAUCCAUAUAGAAUUAAUAGCGUAAUGCUUAUAGUUUCAAAUGGUUUCGACAUUGUGCACAAACAUUCGCCAUCGAGUUUAUUUACAAUACCUUUGCUUUUAAGUUCUGUAAAGCAUUUCCAUUCAGUUGAAACUUUAUGUGCAAAAAAUUGAAAUGUUUUUGAGGGGAGAUGUUUAAAGUUCAUGCAUGGAGGAGUCAAAUUUAUAAUAGCAUUUCGUUCUUAUCAUUUCCCUAUGAGAAGUAAGAAAGUAGUAAGAGGCUUGAUACAAAGUUGGGAAAAAGCAUCGUGUUAGCAAGCUAGGUCUAUGUUCAGAGGAAUAGGGAUGGUAGUGGAGGUUUACUGGAUUAGGACUCGAAGCCGUUACUAGCAGCCAAUUAAAGGAGUAUAUGGUGAAUAAACAGGUAAGUGAGGGAAUAUAUAGAAAUAUAGCUCUAUAGAUAAUUAAUUGUAUUGCAGUAACCAAGAGAGAAUAAAUAUGGAACAAAAAAUGUUAAAUUACAUAUUUAGUCCCUUAACUUAUUUUAUGGUUUCACUUUGGUCCCAUAAUUAUCUUUUGUUCCGUUUUGUUCCCUUAACUUUACUUUUGUUAGUCAUAUUAGUCCUUUCGAUUAGUUUUCAACCUCAAACGUUGGAGACGAAAUGAAAGAGAGAAAGAACAUGGAAAUUAUCAGAUGUUGUGAGUAUACUGUAAAAUCUGGUGUGCUUCUCAAAUCCAACGUUUGGGGUUGAAAACUAAUUGAAAUGACUAAUAUGACUAACAAAAGUGAAGUUAAGGGACCAAAGUGAAGUUAAACGGAACAAAAAAUAAUAAUGGGACCAAAGUGAAACCACAAAAUAAGUCAAAGGACCAAGUGUGUAAUUUAGCCAGCAAAAAAAAAUCAGUAUGCAAGUGUUUUAUGAAAGGAUUUACAUUUACUUAGAGGGAGAAUCCAUGUCAUACUACCUGAUAUAGUAUGCAAUGACUCUCAAGAUUCUUCCAUAGUUGGUAAAGAAACCUAGACAGAGUGAUUGUUGUAAUUUAAGUUGUUCUUAUACCAUGCAAAGAUUCAAUGAAGAAUGUUCUAUUUUGCAUCAGAUAACACGUUAACUGCAGCUCUAUAAUAUUGUUCGAGAUUGCAGCUUCAAUAACUUUGUUGAGAAUUGAUAGCUUGCAGAUUUGCUCUAAUGUACGUCGAUAUCUAUGUAAUGUCAAUUGGUAACUACUGUUUGUGUAUGAAUUUGUUGGGCUCAAAAUCAUGAUCCUUGCUUGCUUAGUGGUUUGAAUAGGAUUUAAACAAUGCAUUGAAGCUUGUUUGUUUCUAUUAUGUAUGUAUUUACAUUGUGUGUGUAUUGUUGAUUGUCAUGGCCAAAGUAAAUUCAUUUUGACUA